AUGCUCCUUGGCUCCUGGAUCAAGCCGGGCGCUGUCAUCAUUGACGUGGGCACCAACCCCAUCGACGACUCAUCCAAGAAGCUGGGCUACCGCCUCGUCGGCGACUGCGACUUUGAGUCGUGCCAGCCAGUGGCGGGCGCGAUCACCGCGGUGCCGGGCGGCGUCGGGCCGAUGACGAUCGCGCUGCUGCUCAAAAACACGCUCGCGUCGGCGCAGCGCUUCGUCGAGGGCACGGCCGGCCAAAAGAAGAGCGGCGAGGCGCGGCCGCAGCCCCACUGGAGCACCAUCGUGCUGGGGACGCUGGCGGGUGCCGCUGUGGUGAAGGGCGUCGCGCGGCGGCUGCUGGGCGGCAGCAAGACCACAGGUCGGUAA